CGCGGCCACCGCCUCGUGCCCCUUCGGUCAGAACUGCAGCGAAACCUGAUUUGACGCGAGGCGUGGGGGUAGAUGACGUUUCUAGAGGAGGCGGGACCUGUGGAAGAUUACACACACAGUGUCUACACAACACAGAGCAGCAGAGCUGUCUCAUCUGGAGUGCUCAAGGUGGAAACCAAACCUUGAUUUGGGGUUCUGAUAUUUUGGGUUCACCUACAUUUUUCUUUGAAUACAAAGAUUAUCAUCUUCAGCAUCUGAAAACAUCUCUCAUUAUCUGAAAGAUGUUUCCCUGGUCUGUAGUGUUUUCCCUGGAGCCAAAGGUUCCCGGCCAGCGGACUCCAGAAGAACUGGUGACCAAUACUUUGAUGUUGGAGCUGGGUGCCAUGGUAAAACGGACCGAACGGAUCAGACUAGAGAAUGAAGCACUGAGCCGCAGACGGCGAAACUCUUCCUCUGCAGACUACAGCUGGCUGGCCGGGUCUAAACCUCGUGUACCCUACGAGCUCACUCCUGGAGAUGUUCUGGACCUGCAAGACCUAUGUGCCCAGAUACCACCUCAACAGUGUGGUCCGGUCAUUGCGAGGUUCCGAAAACUAGUGUCAGAGUUUGAGCCUGAGGUGCCGGAGGUCCCGAAACUGUUCAGGAGUGUUCUGCAAACCUGUCUGGAUGAGCUUCAGGGUGAUGCUGAGCUCCAGAAUCGGGUAAACCGCUGGGAGAAACAGCGCAGCAAAAGCCUUUCCUUCGUCACGUUCCGAUCCAAGUUUCGCACCCUGGGCCGUGGGAAAAUUAGUUUUGGUGGUUCCCGCAACGACCUCCAAGAAAACGCAUGGUCUGAUGAAGAGGAGGAGAUGGCUGAACAGGUGGCGACAGCCAUGUGCACCAGAAAGGGGCGGAGUCUCAGCAUGCCAGAGAUCACACCUCUUGAGCAGGCAGCCCAGAGAUGAAUGAAGCAGGCAAACUUAAAGAGGGAAGAACAGAAGCAAGGCAAUGAAAGGCAUGAUGGAAAGAGAUUGGAAAAAUAUAUCCUGUGAGGAUUAAGGGACGGACUGGAAAACAGAGAGCAAAGAAAACAGAGACAUGUGAUCACAAGAUCACAGGUAUAGGCAUGUGUGAGCCUAUAGCCUAUUUCUGAGGGUAUUUACUGUGAUGACAUGUAUAUAUUUGGCAUAUCACUGUAAAAAUUCUUUGUUGCACUAACAUUUUUAAGUUUAAUCAACUUAAAUAUACAAUUCAUUUUAACUUUCUUGACAAGUAAGCUGUUAAAAAACGUUAAAACAACCUGGUUUUCCAAGUCAAUUCAACCUAUUAUUUUAAAGGAUAACAUCAAUUUUUUUCAAUAUUUUACUAUGUUCUUACCUCAACUUAGACAAACUAAUACAUACCUAUCUUUUUUCAAUGCGUGCACUUAAUCUUUGUAUAGCGCAUCGUGAAUGUGUUAGCAUUUAGCCUAGCCCCAUUCAUUCCUUAGGAUCCAAACAGGGAUGAAUUUAGAAGCCACCAAACACUUCCAUGUUUUCCCUAUUUAAAGUUACAUGAAUAGUUACACGAGUAAGUAUGGUGGCACAAGAUAAAACGUGGCAAUUUUUUAGUGGCUUCUAAACUCAUCCCUGUUUGGAUCCUAAGGAAAAUAUUGAAAAACUGUGGUGUUUUCCUUUAAGUUUUGGCUUGUGAAAAGUUGACUUAACUUAUAAAAUCAAGUUGAAAUUGUUUAACUUAAUUUUUGUAAGUUAAACUAACAAAAUAUGUUGAUUUGACAAAAAUGCUGCAUAUUUUUACAGUGUCAAAAUUAUUAAAAACUAUAGCUAAAAUAACUUUAGCUAAUUUAACUUUAUUUUAAUAAUUUAUAUCAACUCCUCACUAGCCAAGAAAGUUGAAAUGAAUUGUAAAUUAAAGUUGAUUGAACUUAAACAUGUAAGUGCAACAAGGAAUUUUUUAUAGUGUAGUAUAUUCAGUCUUUAAGGGUAUUUGAAUUCGGUAAAGUCCUCAAGAGUACACUGUCAGAAAAAGUGUCAAAAUAUGUACCCCAGCUUUCAAUGGGGGCGAACCUAAAGAGUUCAUAUUAGUACCAAAUGUAUACAUGUCUGUAUCUAAUGGUACAUAUUAGGACCUUUUAAAAGAGUGCCGCCCCAGUGACAGCUUGGUUACAUAUUUUGAAGAUUUUAUUUGACAGUUGACCGCUUUACCGAAUGGCCAAUAGUGAUAAUAAUACCAAAAUACAAUUUACAGAUGACAUCAACAAAUGUGUUGGAAUAAAAUGAACACCUAAUUUAAAUAAUUCACAUUUACAUAUAGCAUAUGCUGGGAUCAAACCCACAACCCUUUUAGUACGAUCAGGGCUCAACAUAAAGGACUGCCCGGUGGCCCGGGGCAAGCGUGAGAGCCGUUCGGGCCAGUAAAAAGUAUUUUCACUUGCCCGAUCGGGCCAGUGCUUCACCCUCAGUCACUAAAAUAUAUUUUUAUCAACGUAUAUUAUUUAACAUCUUGGAAGUAGACAUUUACUUGGGCAAAACACGGCGAAAUAAACUAUGCAAUAUUUUGCACAAUUUGCUGUCAGUUUACAGGUAAAGCAGAAAAGUUGGAAGCCUUUUUCAUUGGAACAUACAGUUAUAUUUGACUUUUGAAUUAUUAUUUUUAAAUAUGUGACACUGACUUUUUCUAUUGGGGCCAGUGAAAAUUUUGGCAGGGCAAGUGAAAACCUGAACCACUGGCCCGACCGGACCAGUAUCAAAAAAUAUUUGCGUUGAGCCCUGACAAUGCUAUACUAUAAAACUCACCACCAAACAUUUACAUUACCCCAUAAUUUAAAAAAAUUGGCCAAUUCACUGGCUCGUCCAGUUUCGGUCUCUACUCUACAGUCGGGUGAUUCUCACAAAAACUUGGGUUUAAAAAUGUCAAGCAUGAAAAUAUAAAAAUUGCUUAAAUUUACUUUUUUCCCACCAGACAUUGAAAAUCAAAGUCUGGAGUAAAUGGGAACAUUAAUUUAAAAACUUUUACUUAUCAUUUAACACUUUUUGUAACAUAAUUUAAAAAAUUAGUCCUAAAAAAUCUCAUUACCGCAACAGUCAGAAAACAUCAACACUGACAUAUUUUCAAAAUGACAUGACAAACCUGAAAGAACAUAAUUUGGAGAUUCUGCACAUGCAUUUAAAAUCAAAGUAUUAUGCUUCUAUUAAUUAAAUUAACAUUUAAUAAGCAUCUGUUGCGGUAAUGAUAAUCAAAAUGUCGUGUAAGCAUUCUGACAAGACAAUAUUUCAAAUUAACUGUAAAAAAAUGAUCUUACCUGGUAGCCAUCUUGAAGUAACUGGUCCAUGUGCUUGGUCACUCAAAAUCAAACUUUAUUAAAAUUCUGUAUGUGUGCUUAAACUGUUCUCAAAAAGUGUUGCGGAGGAUGAGAACAUCAGGUAUGGACACAUAAUUUUCCUAAUUUUUCUUCAUUAUUAUUAUACAUGAAUAUUCAGUAAAUAUUUUUUCUGUCACCUAAAGUAGUCUAGCAAAACAUCCAUUUAUUUUUUUUUCUUAAUAUUUUUGUGUUAAUUUGAUUAAAUUAAAACAUAACGCAUGUUCAAACACAGCCGGACACAUUGCGGUAAUGAGUAUUUUAGCAGAAAAUGAGAUCAAAUUUCCAAUUAUAAAUUCUUAUGUUGAAAUCACACAUUGUGCAAGGUACAACACAGUAUUGUGUUAAUUCUGAUGCUUUUUAAUGUUACUAUAUUACACAUUUUAAAGCUAAAAUCAUUAGUGCCGUGGUGUUUCAAUGGUUUCGUGAGAAUCACCCAGUCACUAUUGCAAACAAAAAGCAACAUUAGUCAUGAUCAGAUGUCUCAGAUGUGUUUUACUCUGUAUUAUAUGUCAUUUACAUUAUAGCAGUGUUCAGUUUAUACAAGAGAUGCAGAGCAUUCAGCUAAAAAAGCCUGGAAACAGUUUUCAUAAAAAGUGCUCAUUAAAUAAUACACUGUACAUCGUUCAUGAGUCUGAGCGUGUGGUGUGAGUCCAUGUUUAUCAUGUUUGACCUUUAAAAUGCUGCUUAUAUCAGAGGGAUUUUCAAAGACAUCAUCUCUACUAGCUUCUCUGGUGAUUCAUUAUUCACAGAAUCACAGUAUGAAGGAGCAGAUCUUAAAUUCAAGACCGACUCCUCGUGCAAGAGUCUCAAGUGUUCGUCAGGCCAAAGCUGCUCUUCAAAAUAAAGGGCGAAAACAUCUGAGGUCUAGCACAGAUCUUCUUCAUUAGCAGAUGUUCGCAGUUCCAGUCUUACUCAUGCAAAUUUCUCAUCUGGAAGAAAACACAUCCUGAAGUGAUGAACGAGCAGUCCGGAGUCUCUUUCGGCUCAUUAAACUGCACUUUAAUAUUUCAGAGUCUCUAGUACAGUUAGCUUAUAUAUAAAAACCUUUGGUCUUCAUUUGCCCUUAAUAUGUUUCUUCAUCAAGCAGUGCAAAAUCAUAAGACCAGACAGUUUCUCCUUCUCCUUAUGUAUUUGGCAGACUCAAACUCAAAAGAAAAAGCGCUGAGCAUUUGAAACAGUUUGUAAUAUUACAGACCCUAUAUUCACUCCUUGGCUAACACUAUAAGAGAAAAUCUCCCAAAAUCUAUCAAGAAAUGUGCCUUUCAUAUAUUUCACCCAAUAAAAGAAAAAAAUAUGAAUAUUUAGCAAAAAGACAAUGACCAAGACAGAAAAUGUGCAUAUAAAUAAAAAAUUAGCUUUUGAGGGGGAAAAUAAAUUUACAUCACAAUCAUAACAGCUAAUAAAACAGGUUUCAUUGUCUUUAUGACAAAUAUAUUUCUUCUGCUGAUUUUGGGGUUAAAUAAUGAAAUAACAUUUCUUCAGAAUUGUAAAUAAGAGCCCAGAUUUGAUAUAAAAAUGAAUUAUCGGGUUUAUCAGAAACAAUGGCUUAUAAUUUAUUGUAAAAAUGUUAUCACUGAUUAUGGAUAACACUGUCAGAAAAAAACUAAACCAGUUUGGAGAAUCAAACCAUUCAAAAAGAAAAGCCUUAUUAUUAUUAUUA